AUGAACAAAGAUCAGGAGUUUAAAGAGCUUGUUCGAGUCCUGUAUAAGUUUGUACGGGCCUUCCACCACGUGUGGGAAAUAAAAGUGGCAUCCGAAACCAAAUGCCCCCCAGCCAGACUUCAAAAGCUGGCAGCCCAGAUCUCGGGGGGGAUCCAGCCAGCAUUCCCAAAUUUAACGGUAAAAUGGCUGAUCUUUGGAAAUGCCAAUAAUUGGCUAAAUACAGAGAUGGACAUCUUGACCCAACACUACCAGGACACUUUGGAGGCGGCCAGACUGGCAAUGAAUCACAUGUCCAAGGAUAGGUGGAGGGAUGCAUUUGUUAUCGCCACUAAGUGGGCUCGGAGGAAUAUUAAGAAAAUCCGGGAAGGAACGAUUCGGGAAGCGUACGAGGCCAUUACUAGAAUUAUAACCCAGGGGGAGAGGGCAGGGCCAAGUGAGGCCCCAGUGGAGCCAGAUUUGCCCCAGGCCGCUGGACCAUUCCCCUCUUCCUCUUCUUCUGCGUCUGGAGGGAAAGUCCGUGUGAAGGAGAGAGGAGCAGAGAGGGAGGUAGUUGUGCAGGAGGCUCCGCUGGUCCCUGAGGGGCGCCGGAAAGCGCCAGGCCAAUCUGGCGUGAUGCAGAAAGCCCUGGGAAAUGCCGGACCUGGGCCUCAGUCCGGAGUGGACCCUGGAGAUGGAGAUUCUGGAGGAGGGGUCCAGGAUGGAGGGCGCAGCUGAACAGCUGGUGAAGAAGGUCCGUGAGGCAUCGACUUACAUCUUCCCUUAUGCAGUGGGACCAUUUUAGGGUGGUGGAGGAUGGGAUACAAUGGGCACCGGACACGGCAAAGGAAAUAUUUAAGCAUUGGCUGGACCAGCUGGAAAUUUAAGUUUGUGCACUGGGUUUGAUAAAUAAAUAGUUUAUUUGUUUCUAAAUUUGCCUCAGGGUUUUCAUUGUUAAGCUAGCAUUGAGUGAUGUAGUUGUUUUUUUCUUCUUACCAAAUGUCUGU